CAAAUUUGCUAUGUAAAGUUACUGUCACAACUCUAAAAAGAAAAAAAAAACAAUACAUUAAGUUCCAAUCCAAUUAAAUUUAAGAAUUCAAUAAGAAGCAGAAGGUAUUCAUAUAUAUCAAUCUGAAAUCUAUGGUUGGGAAUCUAAAAAAUCACUGAGAGCCAUUAUGAACAAAUACAGAAAAUAAUGAGCGGGCAGCUAAUUAGCACUGCCUUUUUGUAUUUGACUCAUUAUCUAUGCUUACUAAAAAAAAAGUAGGCACAAAUGGCAUCAGAGGGCAAGUUGGAAGGCAAAACCCACAGCUGACUAAAACAAACACGAACACCCGUCUCAUGUUUGUGAAAAAUUUGGGAAAAUAUUCUCAAGAGCGGUGUGGUAAAAGUCAAACUUCUUGGAAGGUGAGCAUCUUCAUGAAUCUAGCAUGAAACUCAAAUAAUAAAAAGUUUCAAAAGGGCUUCGUCAAAAUCCGUCCCUAAAUGAAAUAGUGACCUGCCUUGAAAAGAAUACUAACAAUUAUCUUAGGACAAGUGGGAAAACACUCCUCCACAGCGAUGUCUGAAGUGUUGCCUGUAGUAAAACAAAUAAAAAAAUACUUGACGUUACUUUUUGCCACAAAGGGGGCCAUAAGUUGCAGAUGUAGAGCUAAAUUAUUUAACACAUUAAAUAAAUUAAUGAACUUUAAAAACAGUUUUUUGUAUGUAUUCAAACAUGCCUUUGCAGAUCUGGAAAAUUUAGAGGGUAACUAAGCAAUAUCAAAAUCAUUCAAUAAGGGAACAAAUACUUUUCCCAGUACUGCAUAUCUAAGUCUGACUGAAUUUCCUUAAAAAAAUGGUAAACAGCUUUAAGGUUUUUGUCUCUUUCCUUUUAGUGAAGCUAUGCAGCGACUUGUGUAGAAAGCAUUAAGUCAUUUUUUUUAAACGUGUGAUUUCCUAGUGAUUUAUCCUUUAUCUUUUACCUUAAUUUUGAUGACACAUGUGUGAGUCACAUUGUGGAUCUUAAAAAGCCAUGUCAGUAAACCCUGUUCCUGUGCAGUCCUUACAUAAAGAGGAAGUGAAAACUUUUGGGUUUUUUGCACUCAGACACCACAGUCAGCACAUACACUUUGGCAGAAUGAACAUCUCACAUGCACGGUCUCCGUUGGAGGAAAUGGCCCUUGAGGAAUUUGAUGGUGGAACAGUGGUGGCGUGUGUGAUCCUGGGUCUGUCCUUCUUGGUUGGUGCUCCUGGCAACCUGCUUGUGAUCUGGACCAUCCUGAAGCAUGUGAAGAAGCGCUCACACACAGUGGUCCUCAUCCUGCACCUGGCGGCGGCAGAUCUGGUGGUCCUCAUUACACUCCCUCUUUGGAUCUACUCCCUCGCCCAUUUCUGGGUCUUCGGAGAGGCAUGCUGCAAAGCCAUGGUGUUCGUGAUCUACGGCUGUAUGUACAGCAGCGUUUUCCUCAUCACGCUCAUGAGUGUGGAGCGUUUCGUCGCCGUGCGUUAUCCCUUCGUCUCUGUAGUUUGGAAGAAGAAACAAGCCUUAAAUAAAGUCCUGCUUGCCCUGUGGUCAGCUGGGUUCCUGUUCAGCAUACCUAUUAUUCCGACUCAAACUACCGAGGGGGACGAUGGUAAGACGCACUGCCAGUAUCGCUAUUAUACUUCUGACACUCAGGAGCUGGUGUGUUUGUUGCUAGAGACGGUGGUGGGAUACAUGCUGCCCUUCUCCAUUCUUGUGGUCUGUUAUGGGUGCUUGUGCAGUCGUAUAACUCAGAUGAACUUCAGGUCCAAGCGCAAGUCCACUGUCUUGAUUGCAAGCAUAGUGGUUGCGUUUGCCAUUUGCUGGACACCCCAUCAUAUAGGAAACAUCAUCUCCAUUGUUAUUCUGGCCAUUGAUGACUCAAAGAGUGACAUAGCAAAUAAACUGGAAACUGCUAGACAAACCAUGAUGAUCGUAGCGGGAGCCAUGGUCUUCAUCAGCAGCAGCAUUAAUCCUGUCCUCUACAUGUUUGCGGCCCGCUCCUUCAGGGAGUCGCUACGUGACACCGGCAUCCAGAAACUCUUCCGCCACAUCUCCAGCACAUCACCGGGUGAGGGAAACAGAGAGAUAUCCUUUGUGUCGAGGAGACAAAGCAAUCAGACAAACUGCUCUCAGCUCAAGACAGAGUCAAAAGACGAUAUUAAUAUGUAUUGAAGUUGUGUGUAAAUAAUAUUUUUCCUGAGAAUGAAAUGUGUGAGGUGUUUUGCAUUAAACCCUCUUUUAAAUGAACCCUCAACAGGCAAACAACGUGUCUCUGCUGAUAUAUCCAGUGCAUUUACAUUUAUUUCUGCUGUUAAUUUAUUUAUGAAACUUUAAGUAUUAUGUAUGCUGUGUCUGUUGUGCAAAUAUCUUUUAUCAUAAAAAGCAAUACAUUUAUAUAUGAACAAAAGUGAAGUAAAGCUUUUUUUUU